AUGAAACUUUUUUUUUUUCCUUGAAGCAGUGAGGAGCGGAGAUUUGCACAGCCCCAGCUAUGAUUUUUAAUGAAAGAUAAACCAACAUAUAGUUUUGUUUUGUUUUGUUUUUUCAGAUAUAACCUUUUAAAGAGUCGCUCGGCUCUGUCAGCCAUAAGUUCAUGUCGUGAUUUUUCACUUUUUUGCGGUUUUUCGAGCGCAGGGGCCCCGGGACAGCAGAUUCCUGAGUGGAGCAGAUAUGCGCUUUGUUACAUUUACAAGAAUGCCAGCAGGAAACGACUGGAAAACGCUGGUCUUCACUGCAGAUUCUGACAGCUAACACACUUUUACAAGAAAAAGAAAUAACUUUUGAAGUCAACUUUUAGGAUGACUCUGGAUAUGAUUUAGUCUGCUGAGAUUCGUCGAGAUUUUUUUCCCAAUUUCCUGCUGCGCGUCCACAGGCUUUGGAGCUGCGCUUUAGUUUAUGCGCUUUUACUCUUUGGGACACUUAAAAAAGUUAAUCUGAUAGUUGUGUUUUUAUUUUAUUUUUUGUUUGUUUGUUUGUAUUUUAUUUUUUUUUUUAUUUGUUUUUAAAUUUGGGGGGGAACAAAAAUGGAUCCGAACCAACACAACCCUCCUGCUGGACACCAGAUCGUCCACGUACGGGGCGACUCUCAGACAGACCUGGAGCUGCUUUUUAACAGCGUGAUGAAUCCGAAAAACUCCAACGCCCCAGCCUCCCUGCCUAUGAGGAUGAGGAAGCUCCCAGACUCCUUCUUCAAGCCCCCGGAGCCCAAGUCCCACUCCAGACAAGCCAGCACAGAUGCUGGGAGCGGCGGAGUGCUCACUCCCCACCACGUCCGUGCGCACUCUUCCCCAGCCUCCCUGCAGCUGGGAGCCGUGUCUGGCGGCUCCCUCUCUGGAAUGGCCUCUGCGGGUGCCUCUCCUCAGCAUCUCCGUCAAUCCUCCUAUGAGAUUCCUGAUGAAAUGCCCCUGCCAGCAGGGUGGGAGAUGGCAAAGACUCCCUCUGGCCAGAGAUACUUUCUUAAUCACAUUGAUAAAACCACCACCUGGCAGGAUCCUCGCAAGUCCCUGCUCCAGUUGAAUCAGCCUGCUCCCCCAAGUACUGUGCCUGUCCAACCACCGAACCUUUUAAACCCAGCCAAUGGACCCCUUCCUGAAGGCUGGGAACAAGCCAUGACACCUGAGGGAGAAAUCUACUACAUUAACCACAAGAAUAAGACCACAUCAUGGCUGGACCCACGGCUUGAGCCCCGCUAUGCUCUGAACCAACAGCGGAUCACACAGAGUGCUCCAGUUAAACAGUCCGGACAGCUGCCUUCCAGCACCCACGGUGGAGUCAUGGGAGGAAACAACCAGCUGAGACUGCAGCAGAUCGAGAAGGAGAGACUCCGGCUGCAGCAGCACAGGCCACAGGAGCUUGCUUUGCGAAACCAGCUGCCCACCAGUAUGGAUCAAGAUGGCAGCACAAACCCCGUGUCCUCCCCUUUGGCCCAGGAUGCUCGGACCAUGACUGUCAACAGCUCUGACCCAUUCCUCAACAGCGGGACCUACCACUCCAGGGAUGAGAGCACAGAUAGCGGACUGAGUAUGAGCAGCUACAGUGUUCCUCGGACUCCAGAUGACUUCCUGAACAGUGUAGACGAGAUGGAUACUGGAGACCCUCUCCCGCCCUCCAUUGCUACACAGCCCAAUCGUUUCCCAGACUACCUGGAUGCCAUCCCGGGAACAGACGUGGAUCUAGGCACCCUGGAAAGUGAGAGCAUGGCGGUGGAGAGUGAAGAGCUGAUGGCCAGUCUGCAGGAGCCCCUGAGCUCCGAUAUCCUCAGUGACAUGGAAUCUGUCCUGGCAGCUACCAAGAUCGACAAGGAGAACUUCCUGACUUGGUUAUAGAGGACACGCUGCGUUCUGGACUUUUGCCGGCUCUGAUCUGUGAAGGAUUCAUGGAUGCUUUUACCAGACAUUUCAGCGAGCCUCUUUGAACUUCUGUGCCUCUCUCCAUGCAAGGCCUAACCUCUUUUCAGGCAGUAUUCUGAUCUUUUCACUUGUGUUUUUAUCUUUUUAAAUUUGUCUGUGUCUUCAAGGCUGGCCUAUGAACAGACAAUUAUGCAAGGGCCCCAAAAAUGUUCACAGGUCUGACAGCUUAUUUACCCAGAUCAUCGCUGGACUGACCAAGUGCAUGUGCUCCUCUGUAAGGACUGCCCAUGUUGCUUCUAACCUGGAGUCUCUGGAGCCUCUCUGUUUUUUUUGCAGUGCAACACAAAAUAUCCGUAUCUGGGACUAUUGAAUUUAGUGAAAUAGCUUUAUGUUUGCCUCAAAUUUUUUUUUUCUUUGUUUCCUUCCAACAAUCCUGAAAAACCAAAAAUGAUGUAUUUGAAGCAAAAAGAACAAUACUGAUUUGGAGUGAAGGUAAUGUGAGGUGCGAUUUGGAGAUGGUUGCUUUGCUUUUUAUUAGGGUGGGGGGCAGGGUUUGAAGCAGGGGAACUGACUACAUCGCUGCUUGGCUGUGCCAGGAAGUCUAAGUUAAACCUUUGAUCAAUCAAGUGCCUUCGGAUGUAUUUUUUAAGACGCGAGCAACUCGAACAAUUUACCCAGUAUGUAUAAUGCAACAAUAGGCAUCAGGCUGUAUUCAUACGUAUAAGCCGCAUGUUUCUUAAUUGUGUAAUAAUCAAACUGUAUUAUAUUUUAUAAACACAGGGGGAUUUAGGGAUCUUUUUUUCUAACCCAUAGCUUCCUUUUGUCUCAGUCUUAUCUAAGUUUAACCCAAAAGUCGUGCUUUCUUUGUAGCUUGUUACACAUGUAUGAACGCUUAAAAGGCUUUUUUUUUGUGUGUGCUUGUAUUGUGUUCCUUUCUAUAUCUUAACAGGGUCAACUGUUAUUGUAGCACGUUGCUUCCAGAUUCCUGGCUAUAUACUUAUUCGUUCUUAUUGUAUUUUUGAUUAUCACAAGCAGCUUUUUUACCAUCUCUGCUAAAUAUUAACCAAAAAAAGCAGAUUAGUAGGUUAAACUGACACUUCAAAGAUGUAACAGAAUACCUGAAUGAACAAUGUUUGAAACAAACCCCCCCUCCCCACGAUGUAUUGGUUGAGUGUUUAAAGAAUGCAAAAGGUUUAUUAGACUGGGCUUGGACAAGUAAAAGCGGGUUUUAGUCAUGUUUAACAGUAACGUAGAAGGAAAAGGGUUUAGCUUUUUGCUGUAAGUUACACACCGUGUGUUUUGCUAAAUGUUUAGAAUGGAAUAAUUUCAAAACAAUCAGAUUUUUCACUCAGGAUUCCAAAGAUUUUUAUUCCUCUACUUUUCUUCUAAGGACACUACCCUAAUUUUCACUUCCAUCAUUGGAGUCGAGCGUGUUUGCGAUUUUUUUUUUUUAAUCGGUCUCUGUAUGAACAAAACAGUAUAAGCUAAUGAGAUGACUUCAGUAUAUUUUAAGUGUUAACAGACACAUCUGAGUAGUUGUGACAGGUUCCUUUAAAAAAA